AUGGCAUCGUUACACAUAAAUCCGAGUGUGUCUCUAGGUACAUUGAAUAAAAUUGGAACGAUACAAAGAAGAUCAACAGCAUCCAUGAUACAAAUGAAGCAUGUUGGUGUUGUUUCUGCUUCAUCUCUGUCUCUAUCAAAUUCGCGACCCUUAGACAGGGUCGCGAAAAAUGAUGCUAGAAAAAAGGAAAAAAUAAUAUUAUCGAGAAAUCUCGAUGAUUGGAUGAAUGCGUCUAUGGUUGACAUUGUUAAGAAUUUGAAACAAGCACCAUUACUUGUCCACAUUUACGCGAAUGAGGAGGAGGAUGAUGAUGAGAGAGAACCACAACGAUCAUCACCACUUUGCAUCAAAACAGAGAGAGCUCUGUUUGAGAAUUGGCCAAUGAUGAAAAAUGAAUGGGAAAGUGGAAAAACAAGAACCCCAGAUGGAUUGAUUUUUGUUGAAGAACUUCGAGAUGGUGAAAAUAAUGAAAAUCACAAUAUAUUACAAGAAGAUGCAGAUGAAGUGUUGACGAAAUCUUGGGGUGUAAUGGUACAGGGGAAAGGAAUUGAUGAAACUGGACCUGCUUGUUAUUUAUUGAAGACUAGCAGAGUUAGAGCUGAUUGA